AUGAAGGUCAUGAAGGAAGAAGUUGGAAGCAGAUUCACUAGUGCUACAGAAUCGCGAUAUGCACCAGUCGAGGGUGAAGCAUUAGCCGUAGCUGAUGCUCUUGAGAAGGCUCGAUAUUUUGUACUUGGAUGUGAAAACCUAGUGAUAGCAGUGGAUUAUAAACCGCUGUUGAAACUAUUUGGGGAUAGGUCUCUAGAAGACAUCCCUAAUGCUCGACUCCGCAACCUUGAAGAAAAGACGCUUCGAUACAAGUUCAAGAUGCUACAUGUGCCAGGUGCUAAGAACCGAGCACUAGAUGCCGUUUCGCGUAACCCGAUUGGAGAUGCAGAACCAACGGUACUCAUUGAUGACAUCUCAUCAGUAUCCCUGAACAAUGAAUCUUACCUGUACUUAUCAGUUGCUUAUUCAAUUGAAAACUUGAAAUGUGUAACAUGGGACAAAGUGCGCACAGCUACCUCGAGCGACGAAUCUAUGCACCAACUAGUGGAGAUUAUAGAAACGGGUGUUCCCGCCGCUCGUACUGACUUCCCGUCUUCCCUACAAGAUUUCUUCCCGUUUAGAGACCAUUUGUCCACAGGUGACGGUGUCGCUAUCUACAAAGACCGACUGGUAAUCCCACCUUCCCUACGACAGGAUAUACUUACCUCCCUUCAUUCCGCUCACCAAGGGGUAACAUCAGUGACAUCUAGGGCUGAACAGUCUGUCUUCUGGCCAGGAAUAACUGCUGACAUCACGAGUAUAAGGAAUAAUUGCUCACAUUGUAAUCGUAUGGCACCUUCUCAGCCCAAUCCUCCUCUAACACCACUUGUAUACGCUCAAUACCCGUUUCAAUGUCUAUCUGCUGACUUCUUUCAUUACAAGGAUGUAAAUUACUUUGUGAUAGUGGACAGGUAUUCAAACUGGCCCAUCGUAGAAAGAUCUACCAAUGGUUCAACGGGUCUAAUAGACAGUUUGCGAAAAACAUUCGUUACUUUUGGAAUUCCAGAUGAACUGGCCUCAGAUGGGGGCCCAGAGUUCACUUCGACUGCGACACGAGAUUUCUUGAAAACUUGGGGUGUACACCACAGACUCUCUUCCGUGGCAUUCCACACAGUAACUGUAGAGCAGAGGUUGGUGUCAAAACGAUAA